UUUGUAUCUCUCAAUCUCUCUAUCAAAUUUUCUGCUUGUCUAUACUUCAGAAUCUUUUUGAACAUAUGUAGCUUUGCUGUACAUGCAAGUAUCUCAAUAUUUUACGCUUUAUCAUCAACAUGAUUUAGCUGUCAAAGUAGCCUUCUGUGUUUAUGCAGCAGUGUGCUCUGAAUUGAUAUUGUUAACAUCCAAGACCAAGAAGAUAAUUUCUGAAACUUGUAGUUAAUUUGAUUAUCAUAUGAAGUCUAGAGGCAGCAAUCGGCUGUGCAUCUUUAAUAUUUGAACUGAUUAAAUAUCUAAAAGUUGCUCUUCAUGGUUCUUUUAGUAGUGUAUAAGAUAUGACUAGUUCCAUAUAUGCACUGUGAGAAUCUUCUAGUCUAGUGUUUGAGUUGAUUCAAUUUGCAAGGCAUUAGACUAAUAGUUCAGUUGUCGAGUUCUGGGAAUUGGGAUUUUGAUGCCUGACACCCCGCCCUUCAAAAAAUUUUGAUGUACCGAAAGAAAUAUGCAGUCCUAUAAAUUGUGAGGCCCUUCAAUGUGUACUUAUAAUUAUGAUCUAACACUAAGUUUGGUGCAUCAUUCAGCUUUUCAAAUUUGGGAUAAAGAAAGGAAUUUGGUAGGGAAAGUUCAUAUAAGGGAACGAAAGAGUAUGGCAUCUCUUACACCAGGAGUGCUUCUGAGGCUUCUUCAGAGUAUGAACUCCAAUGUAAAGGUUCGGGGAGAGUAUCGGUCUGUUCUAUUACAAGUUAUCAGCAUUGUUCCUGCCUUAACCGGCUCAGAACUAUGGCCUAACCAAGGCUUCUUUGUAAAAGUAUCUGAUUCCUCCCAUUCGACCUACGUGUCACUAUCCAAGGAAGAUAAUGACCUAAUUAUGAAUAACAAGUUACAACUUGGACAAUUUUUCUAUGUUGAUAGAAUAGAAGCUGGAACCCCAGUUCCAAUACUAGUUGGUGUUAGACCAGUUCCAGGGCGAAAUCCUUUCGUGGGGAAUCCAAAAGAUUUGAUGCAAAUGUUAGUGCCAUCUGAGGGUCCUGUACCAGUUGAAAGUGAAGGAACUAAUGGAUCAAAACUGAAGGAGUUAUUGGAAGGGAAAGAGGAAAGUCCAAGACAGAGAAUUGUUAUCAAGGAGGAAAAAGCUGCUGUUGCAUCUAGAUAUAUGCAGGGUGUUUUGACAGCAAGUCCUAAAGUAAGUGGAACGGAAUCGAGUGGAGGUGGGAGAAUCAAUGAGAUGGAGAACAAUGGUGCAGGUAAUAAGAAGGUUGGCUUAGUGAAAGAGAAACAACAAGAAAACAAAGGUCAGGCACAGCCAACUACUCCUCAUCGAAAUCGACCUGACUCAGUUUUGUUAAAGCCAGAUGUUGGUUUAUCAAACGCCAAGGAGACUCAAAUGCUUUCCAGGAGCAUGUCUGCAAAAUGUUCGUCAAAUAAACAGGAAACCACAAGCUUGAAUGCAGACAAAAAAUCUUCUCCUGAGAUUUCAACAUCAUGGACCUCUCUCCCUCCAGGCCUCUUGAAGUCUGGAAAGGGAAUGGUUAGAAGGAGAUAUUUAGCUUCUUUGGUUGCAGCAGAAGCUCAGAAAGAAGCAUCUACAGCUGCAGUUCUUAUCAAGUGCCUCAACAUGUUUGCCGAUCUCCGCGCCUCUGCCUCACAAGAGAACCCCCAUCUCUCUCUGACCAAGUUCUUCACACUGCAACAGCUCAUCGACCAACCAAACGUAACAAUCCCAUUAAAAGAUAAAUCACUCAAGAUAUCCACUCAAUUUUCAUUUUCUGACACAGAAAAAACAAGCAAAAAGACAGGUCUAAGUCAUGUUAAGAGUACAUUGAAGUCUCCAAAGUCUUCAAUGGAGUUAGGUGUACCUGAGAAGCUGGAGUGGGCUAAAGGAGAUGGCACAAAAGAAAUCAAGGAAUUAAGGGAGACUGUCUUGAGUGAAACAAGAAAUUGGUUUUUGAAAUUCUUGGAAGGAGCCUUGGAUACCGGGUUUCGGGUUGCUAUCCAGGAGAAAAAGGGUAAGGACAUUGCUGGUCGGAGAAUGGAACCUGAGAACAACCAUAUUGCUGUGACAUUGUCACAGCUCAAGCAUGCAAAUGAGUGGCUAGAUAAACAAAGAAACAACUUGAUCUCUGAAAAUAAUAAUGGAUUAUUGGAGAGUGUUGAUCGGUUGAAGCAAAAGGUUUAUGCUUGUUUGCUUGCUCAUGUUGAUUCAGCUGCAUCAGCUCUAGAGAAUCGAUCUGAUCGAGUUCGAUAGAGAAAGGGCGUUUAAGUUCAUGUUUUAUGCAUCUCCAUUGUCCAAAAAUAACUUAUUAGUGACAUUGAUUACUGAUCCAGGAUAAACUGAGCCAAACAAUAUUGCAGGUUUGCCAAUCUUAUUUAUAAAGGGAAAGUAUGUAUGGAGUUUUAUGUUCAUGAAAUAAGAGACCAUUUGAAGG